CAAAGUUGGAGGAGGAGACUGAGCAAGAAGGUUGUUUCUUGUUUUCUGUCAGUUAACGUUGACCUGUUUUCAUACAGACUGUAGUUUCAUACGCGCAUCUUUUCAGCUCAGUAUGGAAGCUGGUGAGGAAAAUAGUGGCAACAUUGGCUUGAAGAGACAGAGAGCGCCUCUGUCAGAUUCUGAAGACAAUGUCUUCUCACCUUCAGAGGUGAAAGAUGGCCAGAAGCGACGGCGUGUGGAGGCAGCUGGUCAGGAGAACCGUAGUCCUAAACCGUCUUCCUCUGGACGCCUAGCUGAGCUAGACACCAAGCCAGACACACCUAUGGUUCCCUCAAUCCGGUCCAGAGUCCAGCAACUCACCCAGAGACAAGAUGGAGGAGCUCCGCUGGCCCAGCGGUGCCUGUCUGAUCCUGGGGCUGACAGCCCAUCCAUCAUCAUCCAUGAAAAGGGCUUCACAGAACAUCUCCUGAAUGAGGGAGAAUUUAAUCAGCGAAUGGAGCGAUUUAAAGUGCCAGUCUUCCAGGCUAGCCCUGCCCCCACCCCCAGCCCUGCCAACCCCUGCCCUCGGACCUGCUCCAACUUUGUAUCUGGCAUUCAGCAAAAGCUCCAGGGCACUACAACACCCAGCUCCAAGCAGGCUUCUCGCAUUCGCCAGGAACGGGAGCAGGAGUUGAGCCAGUUGCAUUUCCAACCAAUCAGUGAGAAUGCCUGGCUGAAAAGGAGCAACUCUGAUCCCUCAUUAACUCAGGCUGAUGAUGCUGGAAUGAAAGAUGGCAGCUUCACUGAAGCUCCUACCUCACGUGCAGAGAAGAAAUCUUCAGAUGGGACAGGUACACUCUUCUGUGACUCUGAAACUCCAGCAGCAUCGGUAGAGUUUGAAAAUAAAGGUCAUCUACAAAUGGAAUGGAAGGAGCAAAAUACUCAUCAGGGUGAAGAGGUCAGGGAGGAGAAAGAGCACAAGGCUUCAGUUAAGAAUGAAGAAAAGCCACCAGGGUGCCAACAAUCACAGACCCAGGCUGUAUUGAUGUUGUCUUUUAGUGAGCAUCAGAGUUUCUCCAGAGCACCUAUCGGUGAGGAUCACAAUGUGUCAGUGUUGCCCACAGAUGAUGAGCAGAGCUUGCUAGAAUCAACUCUUCCAGAGGAGUCAAACAUGAAGGAAACAGGUUUGGUGGUUUCCAAAGUAACUGAAGAGCUGUUCUCAUUCGAAGAAGUUGAAGAAAUGGAUGGUUAUUCAUACAGUGAAGAAGGAAUUGAACCUUCAACAGAUGAGGAGUUAAAGUCGUGGAGAUAUCCUCAAAGCAAGGUGUGCAAGGAGGUAGGGUCUGUCACAGCUGAAGGACAGGACGAAGGUGUGUGUGCUAAAGAGGAGGAAGGGGUGCAAAAAGAGAAAGGAGGCAGUGUUGCAGAUUGCAGUGAAUCCUCUGACUUCCAGGAUGGUGAAUGUUAUUUGGGUAAUGUCUCUGCUGAGAUUGCCAGCUCCUUUGAAAUGUUGGAAGAUGGGAAAUCUAGUUCUAAGGAGGAUGAAUUAGAGACAGAAAGCUGUAUAGAUCACACUGUGAAAGCCCAGACUACUUUAAACCAAGGGGGCAUAGAGUCCUUUGAAGGAUGUCAUGGGGGAGCAUGCACAGGAGAUGUGGAUAUUUUUACUAUAAAACAAGACCAGAAAGAUACAGAGGGAUGUACUUAUGAGGAUGAUAUAUGUCAUCAGUCAAAGCAGAUCCAGACAGUCAAUAUAAAAGAAGAAGAUGUGGAUCUAGAGUCAGACAGAAGAGGCCCAAACCAAACACAGGCAUCUCCUUUUGCAGAUGGAGUUCAGGCUCUGACCCAAACACCGACACAGUAUGCAGAGCUUGAAACAAAUAUUGAAGAUGUAGCAAAACCUAAGGGAGAGACUCAGGCCGCAUCAUCACACACUGAUAGCAGUGAUGGAACUCAGUGGACAGAGGUCCAGGUGUCAGAUCCCCUUUUGGAGACAGAGGAUAUGGAGCAAGAUGCAGUAGAUGAGAGGCAGGGUGUUGUAGACGGGCUGAGAGAGAGAACUAACAAGGCAGGGGGAGGAGAGAGCUCAAAGAAAGUCACCUUUAUCCUGGAGCCUGAGCUAAUCAAUGACUCAAUCCUGUCCGAGACCUCCGUGGAUCCCAGGGCAGAGACUAGCAUGUCAGAUGCUGAACUGAGCUCUCAUGAUGAGACCAACACUGCUGAAAUAAUCGACCAGAUGUUUGAGGAGGUGCUGGAAUAUGCUGGAAGGAUCGAGGAAGAGAGGGUGGAUGAUGAAGACACCGAGGACCACGACAGUGGCAUUGGCGCUUGCACUGGAGACAAAGACAAGAUGGACACAGAGUCAGAGAAAGAGAAAAGUGAAGAAGAGGGGGAGGCCAAAGAAGAGGAGUGUGAUGAGAGCAAGAAGCUUGAAAGCAAUGGCGAUGACCUGCUGACUUUUCCUCCCAGCGGCAUCCUCUCUCCUCUCAGCAAGUCUGUAGAGGCUGUGGUCACCCCUCUGCGACUGGCAGUGAACCAGGAGUCCAAUCCUCCAUCUCUGCUCCUGACUCCAGAAGAGACCAGCACCCCUCCUGCUGAAUCUGCUCCUCUGUACAGUAUUGAUGCCUACCGCACACAAAGACAGAGUAAGCUGCCCACCAUUCAGAGUGUGACUCCCGGGGUUCAGAGACGAGCUCAAGAGAAGUCCAAGCCUCAACCCUCUGUCAACACCAAGGAGAAAAUCACGGCUCUUAAUGAAGAAGCAGGGAAGCUGCAGACUGUGAUCAACCAGACCCUGCAGGCUCUCAGCUGCUGUACUGAUGAGGAGCAUGGACGAGGCUCGCUGGAGGAGGCUGAGGCUGAGAAACUACUGCUGGUCUCCUGUGAGAAACGCUCUGCCCUGCUGGCUGAGGUGGCCAGACUAAGGGAGGAGAGGAAUUCAGAGUCCGGGGAGGACAGGGAGUAUGUUUCCCAGCAGCCCUGCAGAGGGACUGUUGCCAUCACAAACAUCCAGCUGCCUCUCAAGGUUGAAUUUGUCUGCUCCUCACACAACCGCACAGGUCGUCCGAGUCACUACUUCUUCAUCCUGAUCCGCUACGGACCCUGCAACAUUGUCGCCACCCCGCUGGCCACAGCUGCUGACGCUCAGAACGGAGACACCAUCUCCUUCCCUACUUCUGUCACUCUGAAGGAUAUUCGUUCAUCCUUUGAGAUUGAUGUGGAAGUCUACAGCCUGUCCCACACUUCAGGUAGUAACUGCGGCAUGGACCGGACCACCACCAAGUCACGGGUCACACCAAGAAAGCUUCUGAAUACCAUCACUAGAUCCAGUAACAGCCUGACAUCUGCUGCUCUUCCCGCUCUCAACACUCGUCGCUCCAGUAACUUCUGUUUGGUGGGCUCCCAUAAGAUCACCCUGGCCUCUCUGGGACACAGCAAGUUCCCUCUGGAUAAGAUGAAACUUGAUGGCAAAAUCAGGAGGCUGCUGGGGGAUGAGUUUCAGGAAAAGGUGCCUUUUCUCUCUCCUCUAGAGGGCAACAUCUACCUGCGACUGGUCAGUGAAAGUCACUCUAAUGUGCAGCACCAAGGCUUCCUGACAAUGUUUGAGUUGAUCAGUGGAUACGGGUUGUGGCAUCGCCGUUAUUUUGUUCUGGAGGGAUGCAACAUGUACUACUGGAACCACCCUAAUGACAAAGAAACUAAGGAAGCAGAGGGCAGCCUUUCUCUGUCCAGCUCCUCCAGUCAGUGCGUCAGGCCCGUCAAGAGGGACUCUUGCGCUCGACCUUUCACGUUUGAGCUGGUGAGCAACAUCCCACAGCAGCAGCAGCAGGACGACAGCCAGGAAGCCUUGGCCAAGUGUUGGUUUUCAGCCGACACCAAACAGGAAAGAUUGGACUGGAUGGAGAAACUCAACCAAGCUCUUUUGGACUUUCACACAUGGAACCGAACACCAGAAAGUCAGCAGCCGAACACGUCCAGCAGUGGGAACUUGAGGGAGAGCAUACUGUAACUACACUGACAUCAGGGUUUACAUUCUUUAUCUCAGAGCUACAGGAGAGGAACUUCUCCUUUUCUCUUCUGUUUCACUGUUAAAUGAAACUUCAUACUAUUGUUUAUUUCUUUUAAUCUGAAUUUAAUCAUUACUGUUGGUUUACACUUUUAUUUGCUAAGUUACUGUUGCCAUUUAAAUAUUUUUAGUUUUUCUUUGUCAUGGUUUUGUGGAAAUUGUGUGGCAAUCUGCUGCUCUAGCCUUUAUUGGCAAUAUUAUUUGGUCACUUUCAGUUGCUAAGGUGAAACUUCUCUCUGUAGCUUAUAUAUUUUUGAAAUAAUUUACACAAAUAUUUAGAUUAAUAUUGUAUUUUUGUAUCAUUUAAACUGGAAGGAUAAACACAUUUGUAUAGAUACACUAAUAAAUAUUGAAGGAGAAGGAAAUCUUUAACUCUACUAAACUAAUCUAGGGUGAGAAUGUAUUUGAAAUGGCAGGAAACACUACAUAUAAUUAAGAUAUAGAAGGUAUGCUAGCUAGUGUUAGAAUGGGAGCUUUUCUUAGUCAGACAUACACUUUCUGUUUGGUGAAAUAAUACGUUUUUGAUCUAUCCAUUCUGAGUGGAAGUUAGUGCAGGUAUUUGUUCUGACCCAGCAGAGAUGUGGCUGUUACUUAGCUAAAAUGUGCUCGAACAACACUUUUUUUUUACAUUUUUACUAAAGAAAUAACCAGUCCCAAUCUGCGUCUGUCCUUGUUGACAGUACAUGUCACCAGCGCCUUGGAGUUGUACUUCUUCCCAGUGGCCUGAAGUGUUCACCAAUUGUCUGACGUAUAUGAUUUGUGCCACUGCACAUAAAUAAACCCAUAUAACUUGAUAUAUAAACCCAUAUAAUUUUUGAAGUACAGUGGCUGAGAGAACUGUGAGGUAAAAGGGGACUGUAGUGAUGCUGCUACAAUGAAUGUAAUCUGUUCUGUAUAAUGUCCUGUUCUUUUCCAUGUAUCUCCACCUAUCAGUCUGUCACUUUGUUAUAAAUGUAUUUCAUAUGAACUCUCAUUCUAUGCACUUAAUUGGAGGUACCAAUAAAACAAAAUGGAAUGAAA